AUAAUAUUUGUCCAAAUUUUGGCUGUCACGGUCUGACGAUAUUUUUAUUGUAUUGGUAACAUAAUUUAUUAUGAUGAUCCAUGUUUAGUUUCCCCUCGCCGCUCCAAUGCCGCGAAAGGAUGUUAGGGUUACGACUGGGGCGUGGGAAAAUCAUCGUGUGGGAAAGAGUGGGUGGCCUCGGUGAUUCUCAAACAUUUGAUACAGCCGAUGUAAUUCAGACUAGCGGCCAGAUUAAGUUAACAUUUACAUAUUUUUCCCUGAUGUGACGAUUCUUACAUUUACAGUCAUGGGAAUUACGGUGUGAAUUCUUUUAUCUUUUAUGUGAAAUUGCCGAAAUUAGACAUAGGCGUCACAGUACAAACUAACUUUUGGGAGACAGACCAUAAAAAAAACACAGAUUCCCAUUACCUUUACUAAUUCAUUUUUUUUUUUAAUACUAUGACGCCACUGGAAAAUAUAGUUGUGGUGGCAGCGUGGGAAAACCAAGUCUCGUAAUUUUCUGAAGGUAGCUUCCGAUUUGAAGAUUUAUAAUAACCAUGGGAGUCACCGGACUGUGGAGGCUGAUUGAACCCUCAGGAAAACCAGUCCCAUUAGAAACUUUAGAAAAUAAAGUUUUAGCUGUUGAUAUAUCGAUUUGGCUACAUCAAGCAAUUAAAGGAUUUCAAGAUUCUAAGGGAGCACCAUUACCCAAUGCACACCUUUUAGGAAUUUAUCACAGAGUUUGCAAAUUAUUAUAUUUUCGAAUAAAACCAAUCUUUGUUUUUGAUGGAGGUGUUCCUAAUCUUAAAAAGCAGACAAUUGCAAAACGCAAUCAAUUUAAAUCAAAAACUCUUAAUGAAGCAGAUAAUAUUCAAAAGCAGCUUAUUAAUACUUUGCUAAAACAUUCAGCCAUAAACAAAGUCAUUGCUGAAAAGGCAAAGGCAAAGCUGGAAGCUUCAUCAAAACCUAGUACCAGUAAAGUUUCAACUAGGGCUGAAAAGGAUGACAUGUUUAAACUACCAGAAAUAAAUAAUGACUUCUCUAGUUCAUCAAAUGAUGAUGAAGAAUCAGAUUCAAGUCCUACAAAGCACUGGGAUAUUCACACAAUUGAUGAAAAAAGUCCUCAUUUUCAGUCACUUCCACCAGAUGUCCGCCAUGAAAUUCUCACUGAACUUAAAGAAACUCGAAAACAAAGUUCCUGGGAUAGAAUUCACGAAAUUCCAAAAGAAAGUGGAGAUUUUUCUAGUUACCAAAUGAAAAGGCUUUUAAAAAGAUUUUCUAUACAGGCUAGUUUAGAAGAAGCUGAAAAAGAAAUGGGUGGGCAUUCCUUGUCUUUGGCAGAAUUGGAAUCACUCCUUCAAGAUCAAGGAGUUGUUUCUAAAGAUAUAGGACAGAGAAUAGCAUCUGAUGAAAAUACUCGAUUUCUUUUCAUCAAAGAUAUUAAGAAAACUAUGGAGGAAGCUAGAAAACAGGAAGAGAAAAAUAAGAACAAAAUUGAAUCAGAAAAUGUGAAACAGACUUCAAGCUCAAAUUCUGAAAAAAAUUCUAUCAUGGACUUGUCAAAAGAUGAAGAUGAUGAAUUACAAAGGGCAAUACAACUAUCAUUACAGUGUGAAGCUGAAGAAGAAAAACCUACAGAAAAUGAAGAUGAAGAUGUACAAAAAGCAAUCCAAUUAUCAUUGAUAAGUGUAGUAAAUACCUCACAAGAUAAAAUGAAAGUGAUUCAGAAGAGGAAAUUAAGCCACCCGACAAAAAANGAAGAAAGAGAAAAUAUAGAUAAACAAAAACAAAGCAAAAAAAAAAUUUGUUCCUAUCACUGA